AUGUCAGAGUCUUUUGUACCAUAUAUAAAUCAGAUUGCAGGCCAUGCUGGAGUUUUGUCUGAUGUCUCUGGAGAAGUUAUUUGUAAGCCAUGUACUACAGCAGAAAUUAAUUUUUAUAUAUCAUCAUCUAAUUAUCCUGUUUUUCAACAAUGGAUGCCAACGUAUAUUGGUAAUUUAAUACUUAACUCUCCUGCAGCAUGUUUAGCAAGAUCCAAUGAGCCUUUGAAGUCAACAGAGUCUAAAGAAUCUGAAGGAUUAAAUACUGAAUCUGAGGGUGUUGAUGCAAUUGUUCUUGAAAACUUGUGUUAUCCGUUUAUUCAACCAAGUAUGAUUGAUAUUAAACUGGGUAAACGAUUAUGGGAUGAUGAUGCAUCUCCUGAGAAGAAAGAAAGACUUGAAUGGGUUUCAAAACACACAACGAGUGGGUCUCUUGGGUUUCGUGUUUCAGCAAUGCAGUUAUGGUGUGCACGUGAUAAAAUGUAUCAAACAUACUCAAAGGAAUGGGGCAAAUCUUUGACAUUAGCAACAGUGGGAACAGGUUUGAGGACAUUUCUUUCUGCUGCUGAAACAGUUGAACAAAAGAAUUAUAUCGUGUCUGAAUGGAUUGAUAGUCUUUCUCAAAUCCAAAAUGUUCUACAUGAUGUGGAAGUUCGUUUAUACUCUUCUAGCUUGCUUUUUAUCUAUGAAAGCGAUCCUGUUACUCUUACAAGAAUAAUGAACAAAAACAAUACAGAAUGUUGCAGUCAAAAUUCUAGUCAUAAAACCAGUGAUAGUACUAGCGAUAAUGAUGACCAUGUUGACAAUCCUCCAUUUAGAGUUUCUGUUUGUCGACUCAUUGAUUUUGCACAUGCACAUUGGGUUUUUGGUCAAGGCCCAGAUGAAAAUGUUUUACAUGGCAUUACUUCACUUAAAGCAAUUUUGAAAGAAAUUUCAAAUGAAUAUUGUUUAUAA